GACCGCACGGAAUCAUUCUCUCUUGAACCGACAUAGUAGCCAGUUCGAAUACCGCAUCAUCAUGAGCGACGCAGUAGCCGAAACAUCACCCGCUGCACCAGCAGUGGCAUCGCCGAAGAAGGCCCCAGCGGCCAAGAAGACCGGAGCAGCCAAGAAACCGGCGAAGCCCCGCACUCAUCCUCCAGCGGCCGAGAUGGUCCUGGCUGCCAUUACAGCUCUGAAGGAUAAGAAGGGAUCAUCCCUCCAAGCAAUCAAGAAGUACAUGGCCGGCACCUACAUGGUCGACGUCGAUAAGCAGUCGACUUUUAUUAAGAAAUAUCUGAAGUCCGCCGUAGAAAAGAAGGUGAUUGUGCAGACCAAGGGAUCCGGAGCUUCCGGUCGCUUCAAGCUCGCUGGCAAAGCUGAGGGUGAGAAGAAAGUCGUUAAGAAAGCAGCAGCCGCCAAGAAGGCAGUAGCGAAGAAACCAGCUAGCGAGAAGAAAAUUGCAGCUAAGAAACCAGCUGCUAAGAAGCCGGCGGGUGAGAAAAAGGCAGCUGCAGCUAAGAAACCAGCUGCCGCCGCCAAGAAAGCCAAGGCUGCUGCGAAGCCUAAAGCCGCUAAGGUUGCCAAGUCUCCUGCGAAGGCUAAGAAGAGCGGAAAAGCCCCGGCUGCCGCCAAGCCUAAGGCACCUAAGCCAAAGAAGGCCGCAGCACCCAAAGCUACUAAACCAAAAGCUUCUGCUAAAAAGUAAAUUAUAAAUAUUUAAUCGGCCCUUUUUAGGGCCAACACACUUCAUGACCAAACGGCCCUUUUCAGGGCCAC